CUCCCAAGGCCUGGGGGCCUUGGGCGGGGGCAUCAGCCAUGACCGGACGUUUAGAGUUCUGGUUCCGUCGAUCUCGUUUGGGGCGUCGGAUAAAAAUCCAGGCUUCCGGACCCACCCUACACUGCGUCAGAGUCAUCAGGAAACUUUGGUUGUAGCAGGCGCCACAAGUGAGCUGGUUUGACCACUGACUUAGUUCAGCACCGCCAUUUCGCACGUAGAAAAGUGAACCCCGAGAAGACACAGAAUUUACCUGAAGUCACCAGGCAGUUAGGCAGCAGGGCCGAGGUCAGAACCCGGGCUGUCUUCAGAUUCCUCUUCCCCAGCGUAUAUUCAGUGAGGAAUAUCACAGCAAGGGCUGCCCAGGAGCUGCAGGACAAGCACCAGGAGCCCCUCCGGGUAGCUACUACCCUGGACCCCCCAAUACUGGAGGGCAGUAUGGCAGUGGGCUGCCCCCUGGUGGUUAUGGGGGUCCUGCCCCUGGCGGGCCUUAUGGACCACCAGCUGGUGGAGGGCCUUAUGGACACCCCAAUCCUGGGAUGUUCCCCUCUGGAACUCCAGGAGGACCAUAUGGCGGUGCAGCUCCAGGGGGCCCCUAUGGUCAGCCACCUCCAAGUUCCUAUGGUGCCCAGCAGCCUGGGCCUUACGGACAGGGUGGCGCCCCUCCCAAUGUGGAUCCUGAGGCCUACUCCUGGUUCCAGUCGGUGGACUCAGAUCACAGUGGCUAUAUCUCCAUGAAGGAGCUAAAGCAGGCCCUGGUCAACUGCAAUUGGUCCUCAUUCAAUGAUGAGACCUGCCUCAUGAUGAUAAACAUGUUUGACAAGACCAAGUCAGGCCGCAUCGAUGUCUACGGCUUCUCAGCCCUGUGGAAAUUCAUCCAGCAGUGGAAGAACCUCUUCCAGCAGUAUGACCGGGACCGCUCGGGCUCCAUUAGCUACACAGAGCUGCAGCAAGCUCUGUCCCAAAUGGGCUACAACCUGAGCCCCCAGUUCACCCAGCUUCUGGUCUCCCGCUACUGCCCACGCUCUGCCAAUCCUGCCAUGCAGCUGGACCGCUUCAUCCAGGUGUGCACCCAGCUGCAGGUACUGACAGAGGCCUUCCGGGAGAAGGACACAGCUGUACAAGGCAACAUUCGGCUCAGCUUCGAGGACUUCGUCACCAUGACAGCUUCUCGGAUGCUAUGACCCAACCCAUCUGUGGAGAGUGGAGUGCACCAGGGACCUUUCCUGCCUUCUUAGAGUGAGAGAAGUAUGUGGACAUCUCUUCUUUUCCUGUCCCUUUAGAAGAACAUUCUCCCUUGCUUGAUGCAACACUGUUCCAAAAGAGGGUUGAGAGUCCUGCAUCAUAGCCACCAAAUAGUGAGGACCGGGGCUGAGGCCACACAGGUAGGGGCCUCAUGGAGGAGAGGAUGGAAGUUGAAUGUCCUGAUGGCCAUGAGCAGUUGAGUGGCACAGCCUGGCACCAGGAGCAGGUUCUUGUAAUGGAGUUAGUGUCCAGUCAGCUGAGCUCCACCCUGAUGCCAGUGGUGAGUGUUCAUUGGCCCAUUACCGUUACUACCUGUGUUCCCUCACCAGGCCAUCCUGUCACACGAGCCCAUUUUCUCCAAAGUGGAAUGUGACCAAGCAUGAGAGAUAUGCCCAUGGGACCAGUGGCUUGGAUUCCGCCACACCCAUAAAUCCUUGUGUGUUAACUUCUAACUGCCUGGGGCUGGCCCUGCUCAGACAAAUCUGCUCCCUGGGCAUCUUUGGCCAGGCUCUGCCUCCGCAGCUGGGACCCCUCACUUGCCUGCCAUGCUCUGCUCGGCUUCAGUCUCCAGGGGACAGUGGGCACCUCUCCCUGCCAAUACUUUUUUUAAUUUGCGUUUUUUUUUUUCAUUUGGGGCCAAAAGUCCAGUGAAAUUGUAAGCUUCAAUAAAAGGAUGAAACUCUGGGGUUC